AUGGUCGAGUUCACAGUUUUCAAAGGCAGCAAGGAUGGUAGUAUCACCUCGAGCACCACAAAGAGAGAUAUCGGACCAAACCAAGUCCUCGUAAAAAUCACCCACAGCGGUCUUUGCGGUACAGAUGUCCAUUACACACAUGUUGACAUGGGAUUGGGUCACGAAGGCGCCGGGAUCGUGGAAGAAGUCGGCAAGAAUGUCACUCUAUUCAAGAAGGGCGACACAGCAGGCUGGGGUUAUGUGCAAGGUGCUUGUGGGCAUUGCAAGCAAUGCUUGCGUGGUGCAGAAACUUUUUGCGCUGAUCGAGAGAUGUAUGGAGAGGCAAAUCUCGACCAGGGCUCAAUGGCGACCCAUGGCGUAUGGAGAGAAGAUUUUCUUUUCCACAUCCCUAAGGCGUUGAAGUUGGAGGAUGCCGCCCCAUUGAUGUGUGGAGGGGCCACUGUCUUUAACGCGUUGCAAUUCCACGGCGUCAAGAGCACAGAUCGUGUGGGUGUCAUUGGCGUCGGUGGGCUAGGUCACCUUGCUAUUCAGUUCGCAGCCAAGAUGGGAUGUGAGGUAGUUGUCUUCUCCGGAACCGAUUCGAAGAAGGAGGAAGCUUUGAAGCUCGGUGCGACAGAGUUCUACGCCACGAAAGAUCAAAAGGAAAUCAAAAUCAACGGCAAGAUCGACCAUCUCCUGGUGACCACUUCGGCGCAACCAGACUGGGACCUGUACCUUUCCGUAAUGGCACCUUCUGGGACAAUUUACCCAUUGACUGUCUCCAAUGAUGAUCUGAAGAUACCUUAUAUGCCAAUCAUCAUGAGUGGGUUGAAGGUCCAGGGAAGUUUGGUGGCCGCCAGACAAAUCCACAAUGAAAUGCUCAACUUCGCCGCUGUUCACAACAUCAGACCCAUGAUACAAACCUUCCCACUCAAUCUGGAGGGUAUCAAUGACGCAUUUGAAACCUUGGAGGGAGGCAAAAUGAGAUAUCGUGGUGUCUUGGUUGCCUGA